CCAGAGACAGACGUCACAGCCAGGCGCAGUCUUGUCCUUGUCUCCCUUCGUGUCUGCCGAUUUGUCCUCAUCACAAACUCCCUCGUACAUUGCGCUCUCAGCUACGCCCUGGUACUCGUAGCUGAACUCGGCGCUCCCUGUCGCGUAAACUGCUGCCCCUCCGCCCCCUCCUCCGCGGCCCUCUCCGAGCCUUUGCCCCAGUCCGACGCGCCCACCUCCUGAGCAAGAUGGCGGCCGUCACCAAACAGACCUACACACCCGCCGAGCAGGCUGAGAUCGCUCAGUGGCAGACCACCGCCGAGCGCCUCGCCGCCCAGGCCUCGACGGGACCCGAAGCCUCCAUCCUCGACGCCCUCAACACGCACCUAUCCUCGAGGACCACCGUGCUCGGCUCCAAGCCCAGCUCUGCCGACGUCGAGCUCUACAAGGCCCUGGCCCCCGCCGUCAAGGCCUGGUCUGCCGAGCAGCGCACCGGCAAGGAGGGCCGUCCGCACAUUGUCCGCCACCUCGACUUUGUCCAAAACAGCGCCGGCGUCUUCGGUCUCGACGUCGCCGAUGCCGACAAGGUCAGCGUGAACCUCGACGAGGUCCUCUACGUCAAGUCGCCUGAGGAGGCCAAGGCCGAGAAGGAGCGGCUCAAGAAGGAGAAGGCCACCGCCACCGCCGGUGCCCCUGACAGCAAGCCCGCCGAGAGCAAGACGGUUGUCGACCGCACCAAAGAGGCCGCGUCCAAGGCCGCCAGCAAGGUCGCCGAGGCCAAGGACAAGGUCGUCGCCGCCGUCGCCGGCGAGGGCUCCGCCCCAGAGGGAGGCAACCAGAAGAAGAAGGAGAAGAAGGAGAAGACACCCAAGCCACAGAAGGCCCCCGCCGCGGCCGCCGCGCCGCCCUCGCCGGCCCUGAUCGACCUGCGUGUUGGCCACAUCCUCAAGGCCAUCAAGCACCCCGAAGCCGACAGCCUGUUCGUGUCGACCAUCGCCAUGGGCGACCCAGCCGGCACCCCGGACACGGAGGAGUACGAGGGCCAGGUGGUGCGCACCGUCUGCUCGGGCCUCAACGGCCUGGUGCCGCUCGAGGAGAUGCAAGGCCGCAAGGUGGUCGUGGUGUGCAACCUCAAGCCUGUCAAGAUGCGCGGCGUCAAGUCGUGCGCCAUGGUCCUGGCUGCGUCGCCGCGUCUCAAGGAGGGCGAGGCUGACGACCACAAGGGUCCCGUUGAGCUGGUCAACCCGCCCGCCGAUGCGCCCGCCGGCGCCCGGGUCUUCUUUGACGGCUGGAAGGGCGAGCCCGAGAAGCAGCUGAACCCCAAGAAGAAGGUCUGGGAGAUGUUCCAGCCCGGUUUCACCACCACCGACGGCCUCGAGGUCGGCUUCGACGCGGGCGCUGUCAAGGAGUGUGGCAAGGAGGGCUUGGGAAAGCUGAUUACGGAGGAUGGCAAGGUCUGCACUGUCAAGACUCUGACUGGGGCUACAGUUCGGUAGAUUAUUUCUGCUGUUUGUGCGACCCCAUGUCCAGCGAUAGAGCAAAUGCAAUCCAUUCUUGUGCAACAGUCUACGAUGAUUCCACUCAGCCCCAAAGUAUCAUAUCACUCGUCGCUCUGCAUGGGGGUGUCCUCGCUGGUCACCGUCUCCCCCGAACCCCCUGUCCAACUGCCCUCGGAACAGCAGUCGCUGCCAGACUCGGACAGGCCGUCGUCGUGCGAGCUCCACUAGCACUAGCGGUGGCCGCCCCGGCUCGAGCUGUAGCCGGUACCUCCAUGGCGGCCACGUCUGCCGGACCCGGGACGCGGUGGGUGGCACGAGGAAUCCUCGCCAUCGUCGUAAAAUAUUCGAAGAUUCUUGUGUUGCGGCGGCUUGGUCCCGCGCACGCGUGAUUUUCGGUACAGGGUGCCACCAGGGGUCCUCCUUGUCAUGUUUUAGGGCGUGUAAAACCCCUAUGUAAGCAUACUCUGCCAGCGGAGUCACCUCAGACACGCGUGGAUUAUUGCUUCAAGUGACGGGGCGCGACAUAUCGGCCUCUGUGGACGUGAUUGACUCGUCGAAGGAACCUGACGGUAGCUCAUCACGUCCCGACCCCGAACUAGACAAAAGGAGAUGGUGUUCACUUGACGAUGAGCCAGAAGGAGGAACCAGACCCGUCAUAGAUCCCGGGAUUCUCCACCAAUUACGCCGGCAGCUUGUCAAGGUUCUUUUUCUCCACGGUGAAUCCAUCGGCAGCAGCAGCCGAGGUCUUGAAGUAAGCCCCUGACGUGGCGUCCCCCUUGAGUACCCAGUUGAGCCAGUGGACGGCCGCCUUGCCGAACUUGCCGCCGUUGGCCUGAUUGUAGGUGCCCCCAUGGCCCACCGGGAGGUUCCCUUUCCAGCUGGGCGUGCCGGCGGGGAGGCCCUUGUAGUCCCGCUCGGCCUGGGGAAAAGAGGUAUCGUCGGUCAGCAGGUCCACUCACUCCCAACAAAAGCAAGAAAGAAAAAAAAAAGCUGGCGCAUCUCGAAACAAAAACCAAGGGGAGGCUUACGUUCUGAUACGCAAUGUCCGACGUGCCGCCCAUGAAGUAGAAGACGGGCUUCCGGAUGGUGGCCACGGCGCCCGUGUUCUGCAGCAGGCCCGAGUUGAAGAUGCCGAGCGUCGCGACGCGCGCGUCGUCCUUUUGGUCGUACGCCUCGACCCCGCCGCAGCUCAUGCCGGCCGCCGCCACCUUUGUCUUGUCGACGGCCGCGUACGGCGUGCCGGCGGUGCCGGCCCUGGCCGAGAUCCAGUCGAUGGCGUCGCGCAUCUGCUUCGACGUGGUGGACCCCUGCCCGUUUGGCGCGCCGCUGGCGAUGAUGACGUAUCCGUGCGACGCCACCUCUGUCAGGAAGCCGCGGAACGCGAGCCCGUCGGCCGCGCACGCGCCGUUGCCCCAGACCAUGAUGGGGAGCUUGACCCCCUGCGGAACUGUCUUGGGCGCGUAGAUGGUGUGCUUCGGGAGGGAGCUGUCGGUCGUGUAGGCCUGGCGGUGUGGGGCGGGGGGGCUGGGGUGUUAGUCUGUGAUCGUUUUGGCAUGGCUGGUUCGUUCGUCCGCGGCUUGAGAGCAACUUACCGCUGGGUAUUUCCCCGUGCCCCCGGCCUGCGGGUUCAUGUCAGCAUAUGCUUCGUGUUUGUUGGUCUAGGAAGGUGCCUGAACUAACAGCGCCUUGUCUUGCGUUGAGCUGCUUGUUGGUGGAAGGCGCGCCAUGGCCAACGGCCAGGAGGGCCGAGAAGAGAAGAAGCUUCAUUCUGCGUCGCACGAUGGUUCAAGAGCUGUAGACUUGGCGUCGGGAGCUUAACACAGUGGCCGAUAUGUGCGAGUGCGCAGUAACCGGGUCUUUGGGCUGGUGGCUCUCUCUUAGUGGUACUUUAUAGAGCAUGCAUCGGGGGGCCCACGUCCGCGUGAGGGGAAGCUCCCCUCUUCUAGCUCCGUCGUCGCGAUGGAGAAAAUGCUACCCCAAUAUCGAAACCAUCGCGGCAGAUGAGCAAUCGGACUACCUGUCCGUGCAAAGGGGGGGCCAGAUCUUGUCUGCUGCGAUCUGCCCGUGGAGAUUGCCGAGUCUGGGGCCGCAAUGGACAGCGGAAGGGACGAUCUGCUUCCCGAUUUCUCCAAGGCCCGCUCUCCCCGGCCAUGAAAACGUCUUUAGCCGCAACGCGUCCGCCGCCAAGGCGGCAUAAUGGCGAACCGACAGGGAAAUUCUCCCGUUUGGGCGGAAGAUCAGAGCCAGCCAAGGUUCAUCUAGAACAGAGUGUGACCAAAAUGUGAGUCGAUGUGAGUGAUGUGAGGGCGGCGAGGGUGAUAUCGAUGAAAAGAGGAGAAAGACACAGGCUGGCCAAUAGGCGCGCAUCCAUCUUAGAGUUGAUGAUUGGACCAAACCGCACAAACGCUAGAACCAACAACCUGCGGUCGACCUCGUGUGGCUAUUAUGUGGUGUUAGUCUCCCCUGCCCCCACUUCGCUUCCCCGCCUUCAGCACCUAUUAUUGGAAACAUGACGAGUUCUCGUUGAAGAAGCUCAAGGAGUGGAUAGAAGAGAAGCAAAGGGAGGCUAGAGAAGGACAAGUGUGGGUAAGCCAGAGUCGAAUUGGCGUUGGUGCUUGCUCGUCCGUGCUCUCUCGUGGCAUGGGGUUAUGUUUGCUUAAUCUGUUCCUCGAGUUAAUACCAAUCAUUUCUCCGGAAA